AUGCCUCAUCAUGCCAACAACAACCCUAAAUUACCUCGAUCCUCCACUACCAACAAAUAUCAGAAGAGUCAUAGCCUAUCAGGACGCGUGACAUGUGACAAUGGACACCGGUCCGAUAUCCCAUCUGAUACCCAUCCAGAUAGUGGACAGUGCAACACAUCCACUAAUGCUGAGAUAAAUGCCGCUGAUAUAAUCGAACCAUACGCCGAAGGAUCCUUUCGGUACGUCGCUCCUGGCACAUACACCUCAGGGCCUCGCAAGGGCGAACCAUGCGUAUUGAAGUGGUUCAAAACGGGAGUGGUUUUCGAACCCGAUUACUUCACCCUCGACAUCAGGGCCGUGGAUAAGGCUCUGGAGAUUGUGGACCAGUUCAACAACCUGCGCGUGACCCACAAGGUCAUCAGGAUCAAUGUACCAGAGGUGUGGUUUGUCGAGCCCUCGAACCACCCCCGCUUAUCAGGCUGGAAGGGCGCAAGAAUGCUGUGCGAGCCCUUUAUCGAUAAUUACGAAAAGUUCAACAGCAACUCCGGGUGGUAUGACGUAUCGGAGACCUGGGGGGAGGUGAUGCAGGCCUUGAGCCACUUCAGCUACCAUAUCUCCGACGGCUCCUUUGUUCUCUGUGAUCUGCAGGGCGGCGUCUAUAGGCGCGAAAUAGUUCUAUCCGACCCCGUUAUUCUGUCACGGAAACGUGAGUAUGGGGUGACGGAUCUUGGACCAGAGGGUAUUAGCUCUUUCUUCUACCAACAUAACUGCAACGGUUUUUGCAGUCCACAGUGGAAGCGGCCCUUGGACCCCCUUCUCUUCUUUUCCCCCAGGAUGGGGACUUCUAUGAUGAAGCACUCAGAGCCUAUGGUAUGCACUAGACGCAAGAGGGGACGAGUUAUUACUUAA